AUGGUGGAUAUCUUGACCAUAGUCGCUGGGGCCAUCAAAGCGGUCGCUCGGUGGAUAGGCCAUCGGCGCUCGGGAUCAUCAAUCAAACCGGACGAACGCAUCCCCUUCGCAACUCUCGCCGCUUCACGCCAUUCUCCUUCUUUCUUCGAUUCCACUCGUCGCGCAGAAGGGAGAUUGUUUGCAAUGGAUGCCGUCGACGGAGGCCGCGGCGGAGUGCCAGAAUUGAGAAGAGCGCCGCUUCCGAUGAGCGCUCUGGAUAUCCUGCGCGAGACCGUGCGGAUCCUCCGCGCCGAUCCGUCCCCCUUCAUGACGACCCUCGCCCUCCUCAUCUGCCCCGUCUCGGCCGCCCUCCUCUCCGACGUCCUCGCCCCGCAUGCCGCCACCGAAGCCCUCUCCCGCCGCCUCGCCCGCCUAGCCAUCGCCAGCGGCCUCCCGCCCCUCCAGCCCCUCCUCCAGCUCUGCCGCCGCCUCGCCGCCUCCAUUCUAUCUGCCGCCGCCUGCUUCCCGCUCCUCGCCACUGCGCUCCUCCUCGCCCGCUCCUCCAUUUCCUACUCCGUCGCCUGCUCCUACGCCGGCAAGAAUUCGCUCCACUCCGAGUUCUUCGCGGUCGUGCGGCGGAUCUGGCCCCGCCUCCUCUCCACCUACAUCUGUGUCUGCGCAUCCAUCUCUGCUUGCCUCUCCAUCUUCAUCGCCCUCAUUCUGCUCGUCUGCAAUGUGUUCGCCGUAAUGGGCUACCCGCCCGAAAUCAUCGUCUACCCCGCUUUGAUUACUGUGCUCAUCUUCUCGAUGGUUUACGCUCACACCAUCAUUCUCUGCAACCUAGCCGGCGUGAUCUCCGUCUUGGAAGAGGUCUCUGGGCUGCAAGCACUGUUCAGAUCGGUGCAGGUGAUCAGGGGGCAGACGCAGGCCGGACUGCUCAUUUUCCUUGGUUCCACGAUUGGGAUGGCUCUUGUAGAAGGGCUAUUCGAGCACAGAGUGAAAACUCUGAGCUACGGCGAUGGUUCAUCACGGCUAUGGGAGGGACCGCUUCUGGUGUUCUUGUAUUCGUUUGUUGUAUUAGUCGAUUCCAUGAUGAGCGCGGUCUUCUCCGGUGAGGAUGCCCAGUUGCUUGAAGCAAAUGGAAAUGUCUCUGCCAAAGCAAUGGAUUCUUAGCGAACAAAACUUCUUCACGUGAUAUUCUUAUCAGAGCCAUUUCGAUCAGAGUAUACACACACAGGGAAAGCUAGAUGUUUGCUCCGAUCAGUUCAUGUAUGUUCACUGAUUUUUCUGGUGAAUUAGAGAAUCUCCAGAAUGUUUGCUGGUUGAAUUGCAACAACCGGCGCGGAGCUCACAGUUUGGCGAGAGAAUGCUGCAACCUUGGCACUCCGCACAACUGUGCCUCCCUAAUUUUUCCAGAUACAUAACCAAGUGAGAUCCAUUCGAGUAUCAUUAUUUAGCUUUUUACUCAAGAAUAAGUGUUUCUUAAUUUGAAUACCUGCUGUAUCACUCUUUCUAGGUGAUUGAUUAUCAUUUAGUUGUAAUUUCAAUCCUGAUUUGGAUACGUAGGAA